AAAGUCAGGAAGGGAGGAAGUAAGGGUGUCGUUGUGCUUCCGGUAGGGAGAGCGCGCUCCCUUGAACUAGUGAGAGUCGCUUCCUAGCGUCAUUUGGGAGCGCCGGCGCCGGGAGGGAGGAAGAUGGCUGGCAAGAAGAACGUUCUGUCGUCGCUGGCGGUUUACGCGGAGGAUUCGGAGCCCGAGUCGGACAGCGAGGCAGGAGUGGAAGCGUCCGGGAGCGCGACAGCAGCGGAGGAAAAAGGUGGCUUAGUGUCUGAAGCCUAUGGAGAUGAUGAUUUUUCUCGACUUGAAGGAGAUGAAGAUGGUUAUGAGGAAGAGGAUGAAGAAAACAGCAGACAAUCAGAAGAUGACGAUUCAGAGACUGAAAAACCUGAGGCUGAUGAUCUAAAGGAGUUUUCAGAACUGGAAAAGAGAGAUCCCCAGGAGUUGGUUGCUUCCUUCUCUGAGAGAGUCAGGAACAUGUCCCCGGAUGAGAUUACAAUCCCCCCAGAACCACCUGGCAGAUGCUCAAAUCACCUCCAGGACAAAAUACAGAAACUGUAUGAGCGGAAGAUAAAGGAAGGGAUGGAUAUGAACUACAUUAUACAGAGGAAGAAGGAAUUUCGGAAUCCUAGCAUCUAUGAGAAGCUUAUCCAGUUUUGCUCAAUUGAUGAACUUGGCACCAAUUAUCCCAAGGAUAUGUUUGAUCCCCACGGAUGGUCUGAAGACUCCUACUACGAGGCACUAGCCAAAGCUCAGAAGAUUGAAAUGGACAAAUUGGAAAAAGCCAAAAAGGAAAGGACAAAAAUUGAAUUUGUGACAGGUACCAAGAAGGGCACCACAACCAAUGCAGCUGCCACCACGACCACCACAGCCAGCACCGCAGCUACAGAUGCUCAGAAGAGAAAGAGUAAGUGGGAUUCUGCUAUCCCUGUGACAACGAUAGCCCAGCCCACCAUCCUCACCACCACAGCCACCCUGCCAGCGGUCGUCACAGUGACAACUAGUGCAAGUGGCUCCAAGACUACAGUCAUCUCAGCUGUAGGCACCAUUGUGAAGAAAGCCAAGCAGUGACAAGACCUGGUAUAGGGUUGGACAUACCUCUUGUUGUGGGACAGGGACCACUACUCCAGGACCUUGCCAAGACCAUGACCUCAAGAUGUGGAAUGUCCCCUCGGACAUGGUACCUCAUGCACUCACUGGACUAAGGCUUUCCAAAGAAACUUAUCAGCCAAGGAUGAGUUUCUGUCUUGCCAUCCCUGACAAAACAUUCUCUUUUUAGGCCUACUGAGAGAAUCUGUUGCCCAGCCAUCCAGAAGGACCCUCGUUGCUGAUCAGGGCAGUAUAGACUGCUUGUAGCCAUGUUGAUUUGGCAUCCAUUGCUCUAUUAAAAGUGCUAUAUCAAUAUAGCCCAACAUCCCAGGUAGUUUCUUGUCCUGUAGGGUCAGUCUUUAAAACAAAUGUGAAGUUUUACUCUUGAAUCUUUGAUGAUAAGGAUUUGUAGGCCUUUGUUCUUUGGGGGAAGUGGGGGGGGUGGGCCUGUAAGGCCUCAGGAUGAAGCAUGACUCCAGGAGGGGGCAUGGGCUGGGCAGAGGCCAAGGUACUACUAGGAAGCCCAGUGGCCAAGGAACGUUGCUAUGAACACAUUCUGAGGCUGUCUCCUGCCCCUCUCAUAGAGGAGUCCAGGAUAAGGAUGAAAGUAUAGAAGAGGUGGGUGCAAAUAAAUAACCUGCCACUGAAUACUCUGAA